CUCCCUCCUCCUCCAGCAGCCAAAGGGAUUUUUUCCCCUUUCUUUUCUCUCUCUCUCCUUUUUUUUUCCUUAAUUUUUUCCCUCCUCCUCCUCCUCUUCCUCCCCGCCGCGGAGCUGGGCGCCAGCGUGAAGGAUAAAUAAAAAGCGAAGAGGAAGAGGCUGGGGGGGAGGAGGAGGAGGAGGAGGAGGUGGGGGGGAAGAAGGAAAGAAGAAGAAGAAAGCGAGCAAGAAAAGAAAGCGAGGAGCCAGGCUGCCAGCCCAGCCGCGCCGCUCCCGGCAGCCAGGGCAGGAGGCGGCGGCGGUGGCGGAGUGGGGGCCGGCGGCCGGCGAUGGAUGACCAGCCGCGGCUGAUGCACACGCACAGCGGGGUGGGGAUGCCGGGGCACCCGGGCCUGUCCCAGCACAUGCAGGAUGGACCAGGCGGGGCGGAGGGGGAGGCAGGCAGGAAGCAGGACAUCGGAGACAUCUUACAGCAGAUUAUGACCAUCACGGACCAGAGUUUGGACGAGGCGCAGGCCAGGAAACAUGCUUUAAACUGCCACAGGAUGAAGCCAGCCCUUUUUAAUGUCUUGUGUGAAAUCAAAGAAAAAACAGUGCUGAGCAUCCGAGGAGCGCAGGAAGAGGAGCCCACGGAUCCCCAGCUGAUGCGGUUAGACAACAUGCUCCUGGCCGAGGGGGUAGCAGGCCCCGAAAAAGGAGGUGGCUCAGCCGCUGCUGCCGCUGCUGCUGCAGCAUCAGGAGGAGCCGGCUCUGACAACUCAGUGGAGCACUCUGACUACAGAGCCAAACUCUCCCAGAUCCGGCAGAUCUACCACACGGAGCUGGAGAAGUACGAGCAGGCGUGCAAUGAAUUCACCACCCACGUGAUGAACCUGCUGCGUGAGCAGAGCCGGACCCGACCUAUCUCACCAAAGGAGAUAGAGCGGAUGGUGAGCAUCAUCCACCGCAAGUUCAGCUCCAUCCAGAUGCAGUUGAAGCAAAGCACGUGUGAAGCUGUCAUGAUCUUGCGCUCCCGAUUUCUGGAUGCACGGCGGAAGAGACGAAACUUCAACAAGCAAGCUACAGAAAUUCUGAAUGAGUAUUUCUAUUCCCAUCUCAGCAACCCCUACCCCAGUGAGGAAGCCAAAGAAGAGCUAGCCAAGAAAUGUGGCAUCACAGUCUCACAGGUAUCAAACUGGUUUGGAAAUAAGAGAAUCCGGUACAAGAAGAACAUAGGUAAAUUUCAAGAGGAAGCCAAUAUUUAUGCUGCCAAAACGGCUGUCACGGCUACCAAUGUGUCAGCCCAUGGAAGCCAGGCUAACUCACCCUCAACUCCCAAUUCAGCUGGUUCUUCCAGUUCUUUUAACAUGUCAAACUCUGGAGAUUUGUUCAUGAGCGUGCAGUCUCUCAAUGGGGAUUCUUACCAAGGGGCCCAGGUUGGAGCCAACGUGCAGUCACAGGUGGAUACCCUUCGCCAUGUUAUCAGCCAGACAGGAGGAUACAGUGAUGGACUCGCAGCAAGUCAGAUGUAUAGUCCGCAGGGCAUCAGUGCUAAUGGAGGUUGGCAAGACGCUACUACCCCAUCGUCGGUGACCUCCCCCACAGAAGGCCCUGGCAGCGUUCACUCUGAUACCUCCAACUGAUCUCCCAGCAAAUUGCAUCCCUGGCUGAGCCGGUCCCGGCGGGGCAGGAGGGGAGGGGGCCUCUCCUAACACCGCAGCAGUCAGACUGGAGGUGAACCCAAUCAGCACACACAAGAAGAUUCCUUCUCUUCUCUUCUCUUCGUCGGGAUGCUUUUUUCAGCCAAUCUGGACACUUCUUUAUACUCUCUUCCCUUUCUUUUCUGGGUAGAAGCCGCUCCCCACCUGCCACCGCCACACCACCACUCCCUUUCCCCUCACCCCUUCCCACCGAAGGAUAUGUCAACAGGUAGAAGGAUUUUAAGGAGGAAAAGCAAAAAUCAACUGCCACCAUACAAAACAACCCCAAAGCAGUGUACAGCCUCAUGCUGGGCAUCUUUCUGAGGAGCCACAAAUGUACCUCUCUCAUGUCUCACUCCUUUACUAGCAGGCAGCCUCCCUUACUCCUCCUGUCUCAUGCUACCUCUCCGUAGGGAAACGCCACUGCAGCCCUGCUGCUGCCUCAUCUCCAGCGGCCCUGGCCACAGCCAGCACCUCCCCUCCCUGCGCCUAGUCCUGUUUUGGUGAGCUGUCCCCCAUGCACUGCUGGUGAUGGGUGGGUGGACACAGCCUCUGUGCAUGUAGAAGAAGUCGGCAUGCUCCUCUUUGCUUCCAAAAGGUACCAGACAUUCCCAGCCCUGGGUAAACUGACAGCACUUCCUGGUCCCUGCCCUGCCCUGCCAUAAAUCUCACUGGCUGCUGUAGACUGAAUGAGCCAUGAAACCCUCCAUCUUCUCUGCCCACUGUUGGAGGGGAGGAGAGGAGAGAAGGAAACGAGGCAGAGGCAGGUGAGAAAUGGCCGUCACUGGUUAUGAAGGCUCUGAGCACCUCCACGGUGGUGUACCCUGAUCAGUUUUCUCACAGCACCUAGGGAGGCUGGUGGUGGAUGUAUUCCUGGCAAGAAAAGUGUCACGGGUUGUUUGCGUGUGUUUCUGGGACCGUGCCGCACUGCAGAAGAUGAGGAGGUGGGUUCCCCAGUGCAGGCAAGACCAUGAGAGGAUGGUGGCACCUGCUGCAUUCCCAAAGCCCUGCCAGGCAAGCAGUGAGGGUUGGGCGGCAGGAUUUAAAGGGCUUGAUGUGUUGGGGUGAGCACACUGGGUGCUUUCAGUAAUGGUUAAAGCAACAGCUCUGUAGGAUAAGAGGUGCCCCUCUUGGGGAUGUCUUUCUGAUAAAGCUCCUGGUUUUAUCCAUUACUCUGGACAGUAGCAAUCGAUACCAUAGGAAAACUCAUGGGAUUUUCUGCCCAGAUUUUGUGGCCUGCUCUUUGGACAGCUGGUGGGGGCUGGAACACUCCUUCAGGCAGCUGAUGCUGGGAGAAAAUGGCUUUCAUUGAAGAACAGGGUGAGGAGGCACCAAUCUGCCCCUGGCAACGGGCUGAGCUUUGUACCAUAGUGGUACUUUUGGCGACUGGUUCUUCCAGUGUGUGCAAGCAGGUUCAGCCAUCUUGUGGCAAGAUCCUGGGUGUCAUAGGGAUCACCGUGGGUACAGCAUAAAUAGCACCUUGUAAUGGAUCUGAAUACCUGUUGGCCACAUCUCAUGCACUUGCACAUCCAUGCCCACCCUGCCAGUGCUGGUGCCAGCCAUCUCAAGAUGGGAACUGCCAGUGCAGAGCAGCCUUAAGCAGGAACCACAUUAAAUUACAGCUCUGCCAAAAAAAAUUUCUACCCUUCUGGUGGAAAAAAUGAUGGUUGGCCUGCAGGCCAGAGUGGUGGUGCCCCCACAGCUCUGACAUGCUGUCGCUUUGCAGCUCGGGGCCAGCAGUGUGACUCGCUUGAAGUGGAGGUGAAGCCUGCCUUUCCAUGGGGAACAAGCCCAAAAGGCUUCAAAACAUCUGCUCUGAAAUUUGUGACCUUUCCCCAAAUAUGAGAGGUGCCAUUUCAUUAGAUUUUCUCCUUCCGAGCUUGUGGGGUCAGAGUAGGAUGCAAAAGAUAGAUGAGAAACAGCACAAGCUACCUUUUGCUUGUUUUUUGUAUCUCCAGUUGAGACAUUCUGUUCCUUUCAGAUCUAUACCCGGGGUUGGGGGCUGUGUUGCAGAGCAUGGUGCAACAAGUGAGGUCUGGGGCUGCUUCCCAGCUGGGAAUAUCUUAAGAUCAAUGCGAAGCUGGUUUCUCCAAGAGGAUGGUUAGGAGGUGUUGCCCAUUUUCCCAAGCUGUGCACCUUCCUGCUUUCCUCCUCCCAUGGCUUCCCCCACUGCAGCCUUUUCACCAUUUCCAGGUUAUUUUGUAGAAAAACAUUCUGGCAAAGCACUUCAGGGACACAGAACUGGAUCACGUCUGUUCUCUGGAGUGGCAGCAGUGCUGUACCUGCAGGAAUGCCAUGGUACCUCUUGGAAAUCAACCGGGAACAAUCCAGAACCACCUGCUGACUGGAGCCGGCCCAUGCCAGGGCUGCCUUCCCCUGCCCUGCAACUGCUGCCCCUCCUGCCUGCACUCCCUGCGCACAGCACCCCUGUCGUGGGCAGGGUGCUCGCUCCUCCAUGGUACUUUGCAGAUCACCUCCUGAGUUCCCUGGUUGGUCCCUCCGGUUUGUGUUGGCGUAGCUGCUUGCUUGCCUUUUCCUUUGCUUUCUUUAUUUUGGGGUUUUGUUUCUCCUCCCCUUUCACCCCUUCCCCCAGCCCCAAGUGUUGUGGGGUUUUUUCUCCUUUUUUAUUAUUUUUUUUCUGCCCAGAAAAACCUGACUUCGAUACCAAAAAAAACAAAACAAAAAAAACAAAAACAAACAAAAAAAACUAACAAAAAACCUGCAGAAACAAAAAAAAAGAAAAAAAAAAGCCACAAAAAAAACUCGACGAUUCUUUCAGCUUUAUUAACAUUUUCCAUUGUUUCUUGCGAUUUGUGUCUCGUUCUUUGUAGUAUUGAUGAUAACGAACAUUUGAUAAUGAAUGUUCUUGUAUAUUCAGAUAAAGGAGAAAAAAAAAACCAAAAACGCAGUCGGAAUUUAAUAGUGUUUAUAAUAAAAGAAUAAAAAAUGACCCUCUUAGCACGCAAAAUUGAACAGGGGGAAGGUUCCAUCCCUGUUCUUUCUGUGGCAACAAGCGCUUCAUUCCUGUAUAGUUUAUAACAUCAAACUACCUACAUUCAUCUUUUGUUUGUUUGUUUGUUUUUCCCAUUAUUUUUUCCAUUUUCUCGCAUUUGUGAAUUAGUUCAAGAAUGCUAGAAAAGUGUAGAGUUGUGCACACUCAUUUCUUCUUACACAAUGUUUAAAAAGUGACAGUAAUUCAUUUUGUAAAACUUUAAAAAGAAAAAAAAUGGUUGGAAUAGUGAGCAUUAAUAGGUACAGUCUAACCCUUUAUGUUUCUUAACGUUGAGACCCAGAAAUUACCUUUUUUUUGGCAUUAUGGGGGGGGGGAGGGGGGCUUUGAUGAUGAUGCUGAAUUUACUUUGACCUGUCUGAGACAUCGGCCUUGCUGCUUCACCUGCGCUUUUGAGCUGUGCCCCAAGUGAUGUGAAAAGUGAUGGUGGUGUUUGGGUGGGGGAAUUCUGAGACUGGCCUCUCUCCUCCAGGGGGCCCCCACUCCUUUUGAUACCCAACUCAGAAGAUCCUUAGGUGGUUGCUUUGGGGCUGAACUGGGGAGUUACAUCUCCAGAGACGCAUGUGGUCCCAUGGGGUUUUGGCAAAUAGAUGCUGGGGGGUAAUGGGGAGUCAGGUGCUGAGCUUGGAAGUGUUGAAAGGGCAUGCAUCCUCCCAAAAUGUGCAGACAGUGGGCUUCAAUGCUCUUAUGCUCUGCCCUGAAUCCCAGUGGUACCCAAGGGUUUGCUGCAAGAGCCCAGGAUUGGAGGCACCCAUCAGCCCAACCACAGCUCUUGGCUGAAAAACUAAUUUGGAGCAAGGAAGGUACCAACCUCGUUUCAGUCAUGGACCUUGAUGGGGAUGGGGUCUCAUAGCCUAGCCCCAAGCCCCAGCGGCACAGGGUUGCUGGGAAAGAUAAGGGACGGGACGUGGCACCCUCCCAGACAUGGUGCGACAAAGCCAAAAUGCCCCCCAAAUAUAGCCUGAAAUCUCAGUGGCUGCAGAGUGGGGUUCAAGGAGAAGUGCUAAGGAAGAUGCUGGUGGGCACCACUUUAGUUCUCUCUCAAAAACAGUUUCCCUGUGCCCCCUCCCAAAAAAAAACAGCUUUUCACAUCACUGAACAGUUUAGGGUUUGGGGUAUUAUUUUUAAUCCCAAGGUUUCCUGGAGUCCUUUUGUUUUCAUACACCUUUAUUAUUAUUAUUAUUAUUAUUAAGACUAUGUAAAUCAGACGUUGCCUGGGGGGUUGGUUCUACUGGUUUGCUUUUUUUGUUCUUGCGAAGCCCUUUCUGUCCCUUGUAAAGAUGAUCCAAUUGUUCUGAGUUACUUUUUCUUUUCUGUUUUUUCCCCCAUCUUUUUUUUUCUCUUCCUAAUGGAUUCCAAAUAUUAAAAAAAGGAAAAAAAAAAAGAAAAACCCUAAAAAAAACCCCACCUCUCUGUUCCGACCUGGUUUUGAAACUUUAAGCUUUUCUGCUUCUGUAAAGAAAAAAAAAGGCCUCUGUCUUUCUGAUCCCAAUUGAGACUUUUAUGUUCUAUGACGAUACUAACAAGGUGUAGGUUUUACAGUUUCCUGAUUUGUACUGGUAAUGCAUAUUCCAAAUAAAUAGUUUCUUUUGUUGCAAAAAAAAAAAACAAAAAAAA